CUCUCUGCACUCACUCACCUAGCAGCUCACUCACUCUGGUCUCCCCCUCUUCUAUUAGCCCUCCCUAUUUAUAGAAGAGGUCUGGCCCAAGUCCCUCUGCAGAUGAGGUCUCUAGAACACUCCACAAAUUUCCCUCAUAUUUACAAUUUCUAAAAGCUUCUCCACUCUUCCUCCUAGCCUAAGCUUACAUUAUUUUAGAACAUUUUAUUCUAGAAUUAUGUGCAAGGCCUCAGGAGUUUCCCAAGUUGGGCUUGGCCCAUUAAGCCCAUCCAGAUCCCUAUCUGGAACCAUCUCCGCGCACCCAGCAGCUUCUAGAAUUUUCUGAGCCGCUUCUGCAUGCUCCAACGUGUCUCGGCCGCGACCCCAUGCCACGGCCUUGGCAUGUACGCUGCCAACUCAUGCCAGGUCCGCCUCUUGGGCGUUCCAUGCCGCACUAGCACCUGCGUCCAUGCCCGUGCUCACGCACCCGUAGGUGCCGUGGCUGCCACCCCGUGCCACGAUGGCCUUAACUUGGACCCCCGAACUCACGCUCCGUGACACCCGGCUCUAACUAGCAUUUUGCUGAGUUAAAAUCUGGAUAGAGAGAAGAAUUCGGUUUAAAGUAUCCAGCGCCUGCAGACCCACACCAACCCAGUCACCCGAUGAUUGCGCAUUGUAUCUUUCAA